CGCUGCCAUGUUGGCGGAAGCGGCGCCUUCUGUGCCGUGGAAAUUGGCCGUGGCUGCGGCCACCGCGUCUAUUCGCGUAGCCUCCUGUUUCGUCGCCUCGUUCGUGUCUCAGCGCUGAGAGGCGGCGGCCGGCGGGAUGGAGAAAAGUAGGAUGAACCUGCCCAAGGGGCCGGACACGCUCUGCUUCGACAAGGACGAGUUCAUGAAGGAAGAUUUCGAUGUGGAUCACUUUGUGUCCGACUGCCGGAAGCGGGUCCAGCUGGAAGAGCUGAGGGCCGACCUGGAGCUGUACUACAAGCUGCUGAAGACGGCCAUGGUCGAGCUCAUCAACAGGGACUACGCAGAUUUCGUCAACCUCUCAACCAACCUGGUCGGCAUGGAUAAGGCCCUCAACCAGCUUUCUGUGCCCCUGGGACAGUUGCGAGAAGAGGUUCUGAGUCUAAGGUCAUCUGUCAGUGAAGGAAUUCGGGCAGUAGAUGAACGAAUGUCUAAACAAGAGGACAUUAGGAAAAAAAAGAUGUGUGUGUUGAGGCUUAUACAGGUUAUUCGAUCAGUUGAGAAAAUUGAAAAAAUCUUAAAUUCUCAAAAUUCUAAAGAAACAUCUGCACUAGAAGCAAGCAGCCCCCUUUUGACCGGACAGAUUUUGGAGAGAAUUGCCACCGAAUUUAACCAGCUGCAGUUUCAUGCUGUCCAAAGCAAAGGCAUGCCUCUCCUGGACAAAGUGAGGCCGAGACAUUGCAUUUUUCUACAAAGUGAAGGUUGGCGGCAACCCGGCAUCAAGCAAGUCUCUCUGCCUGCCAGCGUUUUUCCAACAGCGUUUGCUCGCUUCCUGUCUCUGUGUCACGCUUUGGUAAUUUUCACAAUAUUCCCGACCCUGCACCAGCAAAAUAAUAUCCGGCACUGCUUGCGGACCUACGCCACGAUUGACAAAACACGGGACGCCGAGGCCCUGGUCGGUCAAGUCCUGGUGAAACCAUACAUGGAUGAGGUGAUCAUAGAGCAGAUUGCUGACACUCAUCCAGGUGGCCUUCAGCUCAUGUACAGCAAACUCCUGGAGUUUGUCCCCCACCACUGCCGCCUUCUUCGAGAGGUCACGGGAGGCGCCAUCUCAAGUGAAAAAGGCAAUACUGUUCCCGGAUAUGAUUUUUUGGUGAAUUCCGUCUGGCCAGAAAUAGUACGAGGAUUAGAAGAAAAAUUGCCAUCACUUUUUAAUCCUGGGAACCCCGAUGCAUUUCACCAGAAAUAUACCAUAAGUAUGGAUUUUGUAAGAGCAUUUGAACGGCAAUGUGGAUCACAGGCCAGCGUGAAGAGAUUAAGGCAUCCCGCCUACCACAGCUUCACUAAUAAGUGGAACUUGCCUGUUUAUUUUCAAAUAAGAUUUAGGGAAAUAGCGGGCUCCUUGGAAGCAGCACUUACAGAUGUCCUGGAAGACGCGCCAGCUGGCAGUUCCUUCUGCCUUUUGGCUUCUCACAGCACGUGGAGCAGCCUCCAGAGGUGCUGGUCGGAUAAGAUGUUCCUGCUGCCGCUGGCGCACCGUCUGUGGAGGCUGACGCUGCAGAUCCUGGCCCGGUACUCCGUGUUUGUCAAGGAGCUUUUGCUCAGGCCCAUCUCUAAUGAAAGUGCCAAGGAUAUUAAAAAGCCUUUGGUCACUGGCGGCAAAGACCCUUCCGUUACCCAAGGAACUAGUGAGGACCAAGGAAGUGGCCCUUCAGAAGCGAAGCCUGUCGCCUCCGUUUCCAGCACUCAGCUUGUGUACGUGGUGGCGGACCUGGACAGGCUUCAGGGGCAGCUUCCAGAACUCUUGGAAACAAUCAAGCCAAAACUUGAAAUGAUUGGCUUUAAGAAUUUUUCUUCUAUCUCAGCAGCAGCCCUGGAGGACUCCCAGCUGGCUCUGUCCGCCUGCCUGCCUGCCUUGAGUAGCAGGAUCAUCCAGGACUUGAGUGAGUCUUGCUUCAGUUACCUGAAAAGUGCCCUGGAGGUUCCCAGGCUUUACCGAAGAACCAAUAAGGAGGUGCCAACCACAGCGUCCUCUUACGUGGACAGUGCUCUGAAGCCGCUCCACCAGCUCCAGAGUGGACACAAGGAUAAGCUCAAACAAGCCAUCAUUCAGCAGUGGUUGAAAGGCGCACUCUCUGAAAGCACUCAUAAGUACUACGAGACCGUGUCGGACGUCCUGAGCUCUGUGAGGAAGAUGGAGGAGAGCCUGAAGAGGCUGAAACAAGCCAGGAGAAGCGCCCCCACCAACCCCGCCGGGCCCGCGGGCGGUGGCAUGAGCGACGACGAUAAAAUCAGGCUGCAGCUGGCCUUGGAUGUGGGGUACCUGGGAGAGCAGAUACAAAACAUGGGCCUGCGAACGGAGGACUUGAGAAGCUUUCCAGCCCUCGCAGAGCUUGUCGCUGCUGCCAAGGACCAGGCGACGGCGGCCGAGCAGCCUUAAGCAUCUUGGAGGAGCCGGGGGAGAAGGCAGCUGAGCCUGGAGCCCGCGGGGAGGUGGUGGCUCUGCGCCGUCACAGGCCUCCGGCAAAGAGGUGCUUCCCGGGGCCCUGCCACGCAGCCUCCCUCGGCCCGUUUGGGUCUUCGUUCACCCAAAAAGAACACAAAAGCCUUUUUCCGUUGUAUGGAAGACCUUUUUUAUGAGAUUUAAAACUUUCGACGAUAGUUCACAAUGCAAAUUAUUUUAUUUUUAUCAUAAAUCUUAGCGUGGAAGCGCUGGUUUCUAAACUAUGAUCAAAGUAAAUAUAUACAUAUGAACAGG